AUGCAAAAUCACAGUUCACUUAAACAUAAGGUUAAAUCAGCAAAAAAUGGAUCACAUGUUGUCUUACCCUACAAGCCCCCUUCGUUGCCAGAGUGGGAUAGUGCUCUACCAAUUCCACGUUUACCAUUCCGUUUGGCUGCAGUUGUUGUUGGUCUGUUAGCUCUUCUCUGCUAUUGUAACAGUAUUGCAGGGGAAUUUGUAUUUGAUGAUACUGAAGCAAUUCUUACGAACGAUGACUUAAAACCUGAAACGCCAUGGAUGGAUGUUUUUCAUAAUGAUUUCUGGGGAAAGAAGAUAACCAAAAAAGAUAGUCACAAGUCAUACAGACCACUGACAGUUCUAACUUUUAGGUUAAACUACUGGCUAAUGGGUGGCUUAGAACCCAUGAUAUUCCAUGCUACCAAUGUUGUUUUACAUUCCUUGGUCUGUAUUUUAUUUCUGCAUAUAUUUUCUGCUAUUUUUGGUGGAUAUCAUACUGAUGACAAUGGAAGCAAAAUAUUUGCUGCCCCCAGAGCCAGUCUGCUUGCUGCCAUCUUUUUUGCCGUACAUCCUAUACAUACUGAAAGUGUAGCUGGGGUUGUUGGACGUGCUGAUUUAUUAUGUGCCUUGUUUUUCUUCUUCUCUUUCAUGUUAUAUAUCAGAGCUUGUUAUGCAGAUGCAGCUAAGAAUAAGUCAUAUUCUUCUGUGGUAUUGGUUUUAUCAAGUGUCGUGUGUUGUGCAACUGCCAUGUUAUUUAAAGAGCUUGGAAUAACAGCAAUUGGUAUUUGCAGUGCAUAUGACAUCAUUGUUAUAAACAAAGUGGAUCCCAUGUCAUUGAUCAGAACCUUAUUAAAACAUAAAGAGACCAGUGAAAGUAAAACACCAUGGUUAAGUGUUUUACUAAAGAGACAGUUUAUAUUGUGCAUCUCUGCUAUCAUCAUGUUGGCAUAUCGGUGGUAUAUAAUGGGAUCUGGUGCUCCAUCAUUUCAACCUGUAGACAAUCCAGCUUCAUUUGCUGACAGUGUGGUUACAAGGAUAAUCAAUUAUAAUUAUAUCUACGCAUUAAAUUGUUGGUUAUUAGUCAAUCCAUGGUGGUUAUGUUUUGAUUGGGCCAUGGGAUGUAUACCACUUAUAGAAAGCAUUACUGAUCUAAGGAUAUUAGCCGUAUUCGCAUUUUGGACGAUAUUAGGAUGUUUGCUGACAUUAGCACUAAUCACAAAACCAUGCCAUGAAAAAAGAAUACUUAUUAUGGGACUCUCCUUAUUAAUCAUCCCAUUCCUGCCAGCUACAAAUCUUUUUUUUCAAGUUGGUUUUGUUAUAGCUGAAAGACAGCUAUAUUUGCCUAGUGUAGGUUACUGUAUACUGACUGUGUUGGGUUUGUGUAAACUAUGCAGAUAUCAUACUAAGAUGAAAAAGAUAAUUAUGAUAUUCGUGUUCAUUUUAAUGUUGGCUAACAUGUGGAGAAGUGUACAAAGAAGUCAUGAAUGGACAAAUGAACGAUUACUUUACCGUUCUGGUGCUAAGGUGUGCCCCCUCAAUGCUAAGGUACAUUAUAACAUAGCAAAGAAUAUUGCUGACAGUGGAGAGUUGGAUGAGGCCAUAGUGGAAUACAGGACAGCUAUAAAGUUAUAUCCCGAGUAUGAUCAAGCAAUGAAUAAUCUUGCCAAUAUUUUAAAAGACCAUGGUGAAUUACUGGAAGCUGAAAUCCUCCUUAAUAAAGCAGUUGAAAUCAGAGCUGAAUUUGCUGCAGCUUGGAUGAAUUUAGGGAUUGUACAAGCUACUCUCAAGAAAUAUGAAUUAUCUGAGAAAAGUUAUUAUAAUGCCUUAAAACACAGAAGAAAAUAUCCUGAUUGCUACUUUAAUCUUGGAAAUUUGUAUCUAGAAAGAGGUUAUCACCAGGCUGCUUUACAGGCAUGGUAUAAUGCCACACAUCUUAAAAAAGAUCACAAAAUAUCUUGGAGUAAUAUCAUUGCACUUCUUGAUAACACUGAGCAAUAUGAUGCUGCAUUGGACAGUGCCAGAACAGCUUUACAAUACCUACCUAAUGAACAUGGACUAUAUUUUGCUAUGGCUAAUGUAUAUGGUAAAGCAGGCAAAUACGAGGAAGCAGAAAAGCAUUUCCACAAAGCAAUAUCCUUGAAACCAGAUUCAGCAAAUUAUCUUGGAAACCUUGGAGUUCUGUAUCACAGAUGGGAGAAAUAUGAAAAAAUCAAGCAAGAAGCUGCCAGUCCCAAGAAUUCCAAUGACAGUAAAAAAUAA